GCAGGCUAUCUCCGAUCAUAACGCCAGCUGAGAGGAAGCGGUAGAAAGCGGAGGAUAUGAGCUCCCGGAGUCACGUUAAAAUGUGCCUGAGCCGGAUCUUCAGCACCUGCUGGGUUCUCCUGCUGGUCCAGCUGUUGUGUUCCCAGGCAGUUCCCAUCAGUAUCGACAAAACUAAAGUCAAAGAGCCAGAGGCUAAGGCUGAAGAGCCUCCAGCCAGUGUGGACACUGGACUCCAUUAUGAUCGCUACCUCAGAGAAGUCAUCGAUUUUCUAGAAAAAGAUCAACAUUUCAGAGAAAAGCUCCACAAUACAGACAUGGAGGACAUAAAGCAAGGUAAGCUGGCCAAAGAGUUGGACUUUGUCAGCCAUCACGUCAGAACAAAAUUGGACGAGCUAAAAAGGCAGGAGGUGAACCGACUCCGCACUCUUAUUAAGGCCAAACAAGAUCUUGAAGGAGGAAAUGACAUAGCAGUGGACCACCAAGCUCUGCUCAAACAGUUUGAGUACCUGAACCACAUGAACCCACAUACGUUUGAAGUGGACGACCUGGAUCGGCUCAUCAAAUCGGCAACCAAAGAUUUGGAGAACUACGACAAAGAGAGACACGAGGAGUUCAAGAGGUAUGAAAUGAUGAAAGAGCACGACAGACGCGAACACCUGAAAACACUGGACGACGAGCAGAGGAAGAAGGAGGAGGAGCACUACGAGGAGAUGAGGAAGAAGCAUGCUGACCACCCGAAAGUCAACCACCCAGGCAGCCAGAAUCAGCUCAAGGAGGUGUGGGAAGAGGCAGAUGGCUUAGACCCCGAGGAUUUUGAUCCCAAGACCUUUUUUAACCUGCAUGAUACUAAUGGAGAUGGAUUCUUUGAUGAACAGGAGCUGGAAGCGUUGUUCACCAAAGAGCUGGAGAAAAUUUAUGAUCCGACCAACGAAGAGGACGACAUGGUGGAGAUGGAGGAAGAACGGCUGCGGAUGAGAGAGCACGUCAUGAACGAGGUGGAUUCCAACAAGGACAGGCUGGUCUCCUUGGAUGAGUUUCUGAUUGCUACAAAGAAAAAAGAGUUCUUGGAGCCAGACAGCUGGGAGACUCUGGAGCAGAACCAGGCUUACACAGAUGAGGAGAUGAGAGAAUUUGAAGAGCAUCUCGCUCAGCAAGAACAGGACCUCAACCUGAAGUCUGUGGACCUGCAGAAGCAGAGAGAGGAGCUGGAGAGACAGCAGGAGCAGCUGAACGCACAGAAGAUGGAGCUGCAGCAAGCUGUCGAGCACAUGGAAAAGCUGAAGUCACAGAAGGUUGAGCCUCCUCCAGAAGUCCACAUUCAAGGGAACGUGGUUCCAGACACACACGGAGGUGACAAUCAGUUGCAUUUUGCACAAGAAGGCCAACAGCAGCAGGUUCCUCAAGCCGUACCCCAAAACGCUGAAGACACGCCUCAGGAACAUAAAGAGCAAAACCCAGACUUAGCUCAACACGGCGCCCCCCAGACACAUCAGGAUCUACCACCAGGCCAUCAAGACGCCGCACAAGGCCAGCACAACCUGCCCUAGCCGCGCUGUCUGAACUGUACAACCAGACUGUUGCAGUACCUCCACUCCUGCAGGGGAGCAGCCCCACCUGAGUGGAUGGCCUUUGUUUUUUAACCAGCAUGUCCAGCCUCAGGGGUUUGGACUGCACUGGAGAUGAAGGACAGCAGCACAGAGAACCCCUCACCCCCACCCCACCCCUCCCCAUUAUCAUCAAUACCACUGUAAGCAGUAAUCAGGAUUACAAGAGCCAGUUUGACCUAUCAUGGACAUUUAUCCUGUGCAAAAUUACAUUUUCAAAAUUUGGUGGUUUUACAUUAGAAGUUAUGAAAAGUGUUUGAUAAUGCAACUUUUUGGUGAGCUUUUUUUAACCCGCUGUUUGCUGUUGAAACACAGAACCUGUAUAAAUGAAAAGGCGCGCGGCUGGCUCUGCAAACAGUUCGAUCAAAGGGGAUGUUUAAUACAGAGCAGCUAUCGAGGGACAGAAGGUGGAAAGACUCUAUUGAUUUUUGACAUGACGGUCGAGACACCACCAGAAAUCUUUUGAAAUGAUAAGCGAUCGUCAGUGUUUUACAAAAUAUGUGAUAUUUCAGAAAAGUGCAAUAUUGCAUAUUUCUUUUGAUCGAAAUAUUCUCAGUCUAACAGUUUAAACUUGGCGGAGCCAGCAACACCGUCAAGUCAGCAUAACCCGCAAAUUCAUGUUGAAUUUAUAAUUUUUUGGGUCAUCUCCGGCGGUCACUGUGACCAAACAGUUUUUCUACACUCGCUACUAACAAAACCAACGGACAGAGUCGAGAUUACAACCUUGGUGGAAAACAAGAAUAUCCUUUCUAGAAUAACUUUUCUACUUUCUGUAUGAACGUGUAUCUCCAUAAAACAUUGUGCUUUCCAUUGUUCUCAAAUGAAAACCUGUCCUGCCUUCGGUGUGAACGUGACGACGGCCACUUCUAAAGCCCCCACUGCAGCUGCUUCUGCUGAGGUCAGAGGAGUAAAGCGCCGAAUACGACAGAGGCGUAUUUUUGCCAGAUUAAAAUGAGUCAGACCUCUCCCCUGUGGAAUUUGUGAGAUGAAAAAAAACACUUCUCUGGUUUCUGUAAGUCCAGUUCUUAAUAUUGUGUUUGUCCGAUGUGUGUCGCUUGGUCCAGAUGACAGGAACUCUAUCCCCCAACCGAUCGCUGGUGUCGUGGAAGUGCUGUGUUGUCCAGGUUGCCAGUUUUCAUUCAUAGUUUCUUUAUGCUGAAAAAACAGAUUUUAUGUUGCCACUUUUGACUGGAGGUGGUCUCAUUUGCAUCACGUUAGAGAAUGUCUACGCCUUACAGUGGUUUUACAUCUUAUAACUUAAAGAUUUAUUCUUAAUUUGCUGUAAUUUGUGUGCCACACCUUCUUCUGAAUUGACUUUGCGUUAUGAUUUGCACAGUGUGUACAGGUGGUGUUUUGAUUGCUUGCUGCUGGAUACAUUCGACAAUACUGCACACACCGGUUCAAUAAAAUGGUUUACCAACAACUU